CCAUACAAGUACCAGUCGUCAAUCAUCUGCAAACAAAAUGAGAGUCAAAACUCUAGUGUUUCUGCUCUGUGUAGUGGUUCUAGCUGAAGGCCUCAGCAUCCACAAAAGGUCGGCUUGCUCCACCAGCACAAACCUAGGCAAAGAAUCGUCAGACCAAAUCAUCGAGGUUAGCAAAAGCGCGGAAGACAGCAGCGACGAAUGUCCACAAUGGGUCCUGAUUGGUGGUCAAUGCAUCGACUGGUGCGACCCCGGGUACCACCCUGACAAAAAAUAGACUAUCGAGUGUUGACUUUACAAUAAAAUUUGCGUCAAAAUCCAGUUGUAUGAUUUAGCAGUGAUAACCUCAUCCGCGGGAUUGAACCGGCUUUGAAAACAGAUUAAGGUCAUAAAUCCUUCACUAGCAAAUCUCGAAAACGAUUAUAAAUAAGGUCAGGACUAGGUUUAGCUAAUUGCGAUUUCAAAAUGGGUUUGAAAGUGUUGUUGUGUUUCUGCUUUUUCCUGGCGGUGGCUUUCGCUCUCAGUUUGGAGAAGGUUCUGCAGGAUUUUCCCCCAGAGGAGCGGGCUGCCCUGGUCAAACGAUGGGGUUGGGACUCGACCAAAGAUUGUCCCAAGUACAUUUGCUGGCAAGGUGUUGGGUGCGUGGACAUGUGUGACGCUGGAAACUUCCCCAAAAUGUAGACGACUUUAAUAAAAAUUAGUAACUCUACCUACAGUGGUUUGAUUUUUAUGGGUGUUUUCGUGCGUCACGAGAUUAUUCCCUUUUAUUUUUUUAUCAGGUUGUAAAUCACUGGAUUAUUUUAAAGACGUUGUUUUGAUUGGUAACUUAUAUAAGAGAAAAAACGCGACUGGGUGUCAUUUGGUGCAAACAUGGCUAAAAGUGUCGUGGUGGCUGUUUUAUUGGCAACCCUGUUUUCAGGCGCUUUGACUUUCAAUCUAGCGAGAGUACUAACUUCAGUACCCGAAGAAGAGAGGAUUGACUUCCUUAAGUACCACUCCGAGAAAGGUUACCAGCUGGAAACUUUCGGACAACCUGUAGACUACGAAAAGGACCUUCCCGAUGAGUUCUCCCUCGAGGUUUAUCGAGCCCUCUUACCAAAGUCCGUCGACAACCCAAUCAUUUUAAACGCUCUAGCUUGCAUUGUGUGUUGGCCCAAUGGAAAAUGCGUCGAUUUGUGUGACCCCGGAGUCCACCCCUUGUAACAAAUACUUAACCACUUAACAAAUAAACUUUACCUAGCUAUAAAUAUCGACAAACACGUGCUCACUUCAUGCUUCCCCCUAAAUACUUAUUAGUUUCCACAAUCGCAAUCGUACUUUGCUACCAUUCCCGCUAUUUCGGUACUCGUAAUCCCAUCAAUCCGAGAUAAUACUUAUUAGCAGCCGCAUCCGUAAAUACUAAAUCGCAAUCCGCGCCUGCAAGCCUAAACAUGAAGGUGCUCCUGCUCCUCCCAAUCCUCGCUCUUGUAGCAGCUAAUCCAGUGUCCACCGAUUCCGGAGAUCCCGGUGAGCCCCACGAGACGGACUCCAAGCUCGCCUUGGCAAUGAUGAUGAGGGUUAUCAAUCGCGAGACGCAGAAUCUGUACAAGUGGCUUGUUCAACAACAGUCUGCUAAGCCUAGAGUGAGAGAAAUAGCGCAAGAUUAUCCAGAACUCUCCAGCAAGGUAAUCUGUUUCCAUAAAAAAGGUUGCAUUAACGUGAUCGACCCUUGAGAGACCUUCGCACCUAUUAAUAAGCUUCGAAUAUUUUUACAGGACUUGGAAUGUGAAUUGUUUCUAACAAGAAUUAAAGAGAUUUAUCUUGUA